GGGUCAACCCUCAUGCAAGCAAGCAAAUGCCAUCGGCACUCAAAACUCAUUGGCUCCUUGGUAUAUUUUACUAAACUUGUAUAGUUUACAAUCCUAGAAAUAGAUCAUAAUUCCUUAGUGAAACUUUCUUCUUACAUCACAUCAUCUUUUAAGCUAGAUGAUAAUACGAUUAGCUCUCACCUAAUAAUCUAAUUCUCUGUACUGUUUGAAGAACAUGGGAAUCCACCACCUUCUGUGUGCCUUUCACAUAAACAACUUAGCCAGAGAUCCACCAUUUGUCUAAAUGCCAACAUAUAGAGCACCAAAAAGCAAACCAAACCCCAUACAUACAAGUUGAGUUGGUGUCACGAGAGGUGGUGGUGUUACACACUCGGUACAUCCUGCUUCCAUGAUUUGGGUUACUACCUCAAUUCUCUCCCAGGUGGUCUCCAAGGGAGGGAGGAUUCUAAUGUACAUUUCCCGGGCUUUUUGGCAUCCUUGCACCUUUAAACAGAAAACUAACAGUCUCCAUCCCUUCCCCUCCCUCCAAAUGAGUACGUCCUCUGAUGUCCCCUCCUAAAAAAGGUACCCCUUUCUAAACUAGAUUCUAUUCCCUUCCACCACCUUUCCUCCUCCAAACCCCAUCCUCAAACAUGCACCCCACGUUGGAGCUCUUAAAAAUAGUAAAGCAAGACAUCCCUCCGAAAACCCCUCCUCCUCCUUUGCCGCAGUUCAACAGGAGAGAAACAAACCUACCCAACUCCCCAAUCACUCUUUAGGCUUUAGGAAGAUGGGUUUCCUCUCCCAUUUCUUCAACUAUCUCCAAACCUCAAGGUGCUACCUUUGCCUCCUCUCCCAUCUCCUGCUUCCUUCUCCCAUUCCCUUGAAACCUUCUCCCAGAACAACAAAGUUGCCAGCUUAAUUUCCUUCUUUCUCCAUUUCCUUUCCUUGGCCUUGGUGGAGAGGUGGUCUUCUUCUUCUUCUUCCAUCUCUUAAGCCAUCAAGUUUCCACCUUUCCUCUCUUUUCCAUCUCCUUGCUUGAUUUUAUAGGUCUUGAAGCCAUCAAGUUCCUGCCUUGCCCAUCCUUUCCAUCUCCUAGCUUGAUUGUAUAAGUCUUCUAGCUAGCCAUAAAGUUCCCUCCUUUCCUCUCCAUUUCUCCCCCCAAAACUCCCUUCAACCACGCGAUCUCCAAGGCUCGCCCACCUCCUCCAGCUUCUUGGUUGUCCCUCUCAGAGAAAUGACCGGCUCCCCUUCCAUAGCAUCUCGUCCAAAGUCGAGUCGCUAAAACGUCUCAUGGUUCGACUCCUCAAGCGUGGACCAAGCCUCGACAAGCCGACGCAGGGAAGGGAGCGGAUGUGCGAGAUCUCGGGACGCCCGGCGCAGAGCCUAAUUCUGGAGGGCGCGGGUGGAAACGAGGAGAACAAGAUAUUUCGGAGCCACGGAGCAAACAUGGGCUGUCCCAUCGACGGACAGCAGAUCGGCUGGGCGCUCGACCGGUCGCCGAGCAAUGCCCCAAAGUCUCGCCUGGGCAAGGGUGGCCGAGAUGGGAUGCCGUCAGAUAUGGAGCUAAUGAAGGAGAGGUUUGCGAAGCUUCUUCUGGGUGAAGACAUGUCAGGGGGUGGAAAGGGAGUUUCAUCAGCUCUGGCUCUGUCCAAUGCCAUCACCAAUCUUGCAGCUUCUGUUUUUGGUGAGCAAUGGCGCUUAGAGCCCAUGUCUGCUGAAAGGAAAGCAAGGUGGCAUAGAGAAAUUGAUUGGCUUUUAUCUGUCACUGAUCAUAUUGUUGAAUUUGUUCCUUCACAACAGACAUCAAAAGAUGGAUCACACAUGGAGAUAAUGGUAACUCAGCAACGCAAAGAUCUCCUCAUGAACAUUCCUGCCUUGCGCAAGCUUGAUGCAAUGCUCAUUGGCUAUCUUGACAACUUCAAAGACCAGAAAGAAUUUUGGUACGUAUCACGGGAUGCCGAUGAGUCUGAGAAAGGGAAUGCAAAGAGGAAGGAUGACAAGUGGUGGCUUCCCACUGUCAAAGUUCCUCCAGAUGGGCUCUCUGAGGUCUCCAAAAGAUGGUUGUUGUUCCAAAAAGAUUCCGUAAACCAAGUUCUCAAGGCAGCUAUGGCUAUAAAUGCUCAGGUUCUUAUGGAAAUGGAGGUCCCUGAGGUUUAUAUUGAAUCGCUUCCAAAGAAUGGGAGGUCAAGCCUUGGAGAUGCAAUCUAUAAGAGCAUUACCGUUGAAGUGUUUGACCCUGAAGAAUUCCUUGCAUCGAUGGACUUGUCGACAGAGCACAAGGUCCUUGACCUCAAAAACCGGAUUGAAGCAUCCAUUAUCAUUUGGAAGAGGAAGAUGCACAAUAAGGAUGGCAAAUCAUCUUGGGGUUCAGCUGUUAGCUUAGAGAAGAGGGAGCAGUUUGAAGAGAGAGCAGAGACCAUCUUACACCUGAUCAAACAAAGGUUUCCUGGCAUUCCUCAAUCAGCCCUUGACAUAAGCAAAAUCCAGUACAACAGAGAUGUUGGACAAUCUAUUUUGGAAUGCUACUCAAGGGUUCUAGAAAGCUUAGCAUUCACAGUGAUGUCGCGAAUUGAAGAUGUUCUAUAUGCAGACUCGGUUGCUCGAGAUCCAUCACACAAGGACUCCAACAGAAAACACACAUUGUUGUCUGAUUCAGACACAACAGGAACGGUGAAGAAACUGGACCCGAAAGAGGAGUUGGAGAAGUUGAAGGAAGCACCCACCUCAAUGACACUGUCCGAUUUCAUGGGUUGGCAUUUUGAUCCAGAUGCAGAAGCGGGAAAUAAGGAUUCAGGGAAUUUGAAUAACUUGGAAAAACUGAAGAAGCAUCCUACCAUUGGGGCAAAGAAAUUUUCCUAUAUAGAGAAGCUCGAGAUCUUGGGAGGCUUGAGAAGCCCGACAGCUCGCCAUUGAGGAUUUCUAACAGUAGAGGAGAUAUGAAAUUGGACACACACACACACACACACAGCUUCGAUUUAAUUGUAGAUAGUGCAGAAGAAUGUUAGAGCUUGAUAGAUUAAUUGUUAAUGAUUUGUCGACCCCUCUUGUCGAUGGGAAAGUGCUGGUUCUGUUUGACUUACUAGAUACUUCUUAUCUCAAAUGCCACAUACUUUGUAGUUGCUGAUCAUCUUUUUUUUUUUUUUGGCCUCUCCUUGUAGCUACUAAUCACAUUCUGACUUACACCAUCCCAAAUGAGAUUCUAGAUAACUAAUUUUUUUGACGCCCAUA